AUGAGACUGAGAGAGCUCCAGGGAUUUUUCCGUCGCAGUCUGAUCCGCCAUGAGCCGUACGUCUGUGUGGGGAACGGACUGUGCGUCAUAGGACCAGAGACAAAGCGACGCAAGAGCUGCCCCAAAUGUCGCCACGACAAAUGUCUGGAGGUCGGGAUGAGCAAAGAUGCUAUCAAAACCGGCCGGUACUCCUACGUGAAGAAAUCGCACGACAUCCUGGAGAUGAUAGAGUACCACUUCUACAAUGUGGUGGGCCGAGAGCCCGAGGAGGAGGACAUCAAACAGUUCCAACAACCUCCCGCAAAACGACAGCGAACGAGUAGCAACAGCAACAGCAACAGCAGCAGCAGCAACAACAACAGCAAAAACAGCAACGGUAACAAGAGCAAUAACAGCAAGAACAAAACCCCGGAAUACCGCCAAGACGACAAAGAGUCGUUGUCGCGGUAUAAAGGAGGGGACGUUCUUCCGUUAGAACCAGACGCCCAGAACACUGUACUCUCCAAGUGUCAUCCGGUCAGAGAGACGCAAGGUCACGGCGGAGAGACAGAGCGGAAUUCCAGCUUCUCUGUGGGGUGUCAGCUUUCCCCAACAAAGUCGGCGGAGGGGGCUGCGAUGACGAGCUGUGCUGUGAGAGAAGUGUCUAAGCGUGAGAACUCUCCGGGUGGCUACAUGGAGGUUACAGUGUCUAGGUCAGGGGGUGAGGGGUCAAAGGACUUGGACUUCCGAAACGGAGCAGAAGCUUGUCUUCUCCCUGAAACUUCAAGCAGCAGUUCAGACGUUCAAUGUCCUCAAAGAAUGCUGGAAUGUAGGAAUCAGUUUUUGUCAGAGAGUUCAUUUGUUGAGUACGGCUUCAGCGAACCAUCUAUGGUUUUAGACAAUUCUGACGCUCACUGUGUUCCAUACACUCCCGCUGACCCUCACUGUCUGCCAUACUCGUCGCUUCAGGAGGACGCGUUGUUCCGUCAAGCCGACCCCGAGCCCUCCCCCUCCUUGACCACGCUGUCGCCGGUGUCCAACUACUCAUCCAUGUCGUCGGGUGCAUCAAGUACAGGCGUGACGUCAUGCUCUGCUUCCUUCCUCACGUUUGACUCCCCGUGGGUCGAAGCGCUCCCGACUUCAGACGACUCGCGAUACUACAGCAGCAUCUCCCCGCAGGAUUCGUUCGACGGGGCGUUCACGUUUCCCCCACAAGACAGCGCGCCGUACGCUGAAGGCAGCUACAACUACCCCCCGCCAGGCCACGAAUCGUGGGAGGAGUCAGGAGCCCCCCUCCCCCCAUCCCCAAACAGUUCUUACGACAGCGGGCGUCACACACUGUCGCCAGAAGCUCCCUUCCAAACCGGGGGCGGUCAUUUCUUCUUUUCCGAUUUCCUAGAGGGAGAGUUCCCGCCCUUCCCUAAUGACGGGAAGGGUCAAGGACAGAUGGGCUUCUACGAAUUCGACCUCCCAGACGCAGCAAUGAUGUCUGGACCGACAACAAGCGUAUCUGAACACCAGAUCAACGGUUUCAGCGAUCUAUCUCGUCAAAACAUCCUCAAAGAUCAGACGGCACCUCUUCGUUGUGCUGACAACUUCAACAAUGAACCACCAGUAGCUGCGAAGUUGACGGACACGAUCGACAGAAGCGGCGCUGAUAACACAUCCCUCCAAUGUAAUCCUAGCAGCUGUCUGGAGCCCUCUCUUGCUACAAGAGGCGGGGGUCUGGAGCGAUCACCCAUCCCUUCACUGGCUCAGGGGGAAGACAAACCGUGCACAACUCCUGUGUCCAACGCCCUGAAAAGACAGCGGCACCUCGCUUGGUCUGAUGUCAAUUUUGGAGAAGAAGGGUUGCCACACAUCGAAGAGAUCGUGCGUUUUGAGACGGGAGGACGAGCUAAAAAACCCAAAAUGUCCAACCAACUGCCCCUGAACUUUGGAGGUGAACAAACUAAUAGAACUCAAAGUGACUCUGGAAACGACAAUAAAUUAUAUCUCAACUUAGAAAGUCUGAAAUCAAACGAUACAGCGGAGAACUUUUGUUUUCAAAGUAGACCACUAGAAGCAGACGCAAUACCACAACCCUCAGUACCUCAGACGGCUUGCGCAGCGACUGAACUGCCGGCCUACAUCGAGGCCGACCCCUUCCCCCCACAGAUCAGAAACGCAAAUUGUGCAAAAAGAUCUCCCACCGUUUCCAACGUACCGUUCCUUUCCCGCAGUUCUUGCAGAAAUUCCUCGCCGAAGCCACAGUCCACAGAUACUCAAGAAAAUUUCCUAUUGCCCAAUCUCUCUCAGCCAUGUUUGGAAAAUGUCCUUCCAUCCCCUCCAUUGCCUUCCCUCUCGCAAAGAAGCUCAGACAGUUCAUCAUUCUCUUCCCCUCUGCCCUCCUCUGCCUCCCUGCCCUCCUCUUCCCCUCUGCCCUCCUCUGCCUCCCUGCCCUCCUCUCCAGCGUCCUCCCCCGCACCUCCAUCGCCACAGACUCCACUUCUGACCGCACCGUUACCUACCCAACUCUCACACAGUGCCCCCAAAACUGCCAAUGGGUUGUACUUCAUAUUCGACUCUGGCAUCUCAACACAGAAUCUAUCUCAGAACGCCACGUUGAAGGGAAGCGCCACAUCUGGGCAAUCCGUCACAGAUCUCAGACGAGGAAAUCUGGAUGACAACGAAAAACAGUUGGAAUCUGGUCAAUGUGAUGACGAUGAAUCGAGCAGGAAUUCUCCCACAAGUAUCGCUCGCCCCGUCUCGCGCGGCGGCGACGAUUACUACGAGACUUUACCCUGGUGCGAGUUCUCGGAAUGUGAGCUGGACGAAGCAUUCGAAUCUCUGAGAGUAUCGCAUGAACAUAUCGUGGUAAUCGACUCCAACCUGUUGUCAGAAGCCGACAUCGCAGAGAAAGAGGAAUCGUUUCUGGGAGUGAGAAGACUGAGAGAAGAAGUAUUCGGAAAGUGCCAGAAUCUAACGGACCGAGACCUGUACUAUAAGAUUCUCGAUGCCACUGGUAUCGACCUGGACGGACGCAAAGAGUGGAUGGAGGUGAUGGCCGGAAUUUUCAACACGAUGGUCCGAAAAACUAUCCGCUUCUUCAAGUCUGUGCCUGGCUUCCGAGAUAUCUGCCAGGCGGACAAGGUGGUCAUGUCCAAAAGCACCUUCAACGAGUACUCCGUGCUAUCGUUUUUCCGUGGACUGAACCCGAGGAAGCAGCUCAUCCUGGAUGCCGAGCACAGCGUAGUCAUCGACACUGAGUUCCUGCACAAAGUCUUCCCGGAGAUCGAGACCAGCCUCCAGGCAAUAUUUCUCAUUGCCCAACACCUCAAGAAGCUAGAGCUGAGUCUGGAGGAAAUUCUCAUCCUUAAGGCGAUCGUGAUCACCUCUUCUGACCGAGAGCAGCUGCAGGAGUAUGAGAAGGUAGACCGCCUCUACUGGCGACUGCACUGCAUGCUCCAGCUGUCUUUGCGACGUCACCACAGGCGACCCAUGGCCAGGUACGCUCGACUGAUCUCCGUCUUGACAGAGCUACGGUCCGUGGGUGCGCUCAACAGCAAGAACUUUAACCAGGCGAGCCCGGACUUCCUGAGGCUGACUCAAAGCAUCAAGGUACCGCUCUUCAUGGAGCUCAUCUGUGGAAUCAACAUGUCCUAGGAGUCCUCAAAGUAAAAUCAUCAUCCUUUUGGAGUGUCUAAUUAGAAUAGCGACAAUGUGAGAUGAUCUUGUUUAAUUAUAAUAAUGACAACGUGAAAUAAACCUUUUGGAAAGUCAAAUUAGAAUAUUGACAACGUAAAAUGAUCCUUUAAAAUUAUAUUAAAGACAACGUAAAAUAAUCCUUGGAAUGUCAAAUUAGAAUAAAUGACGACGUAAAAUUAUCCAUUUGGAAGGGAAUAAUAACCACUAAAACUAUUCUUUUGGAAUGUCAAAUUGUAAUAAUGACAAUAAACAAUUAUCCUUUUGGAAUGUCAAAUUAGAAUAACGACAACGUUAAAUUAUAAUAAUGACAACGUGAAACGAUCCGUUAGGAGUGUCAAAUCAGAAUAAUGACAAUGUACAAUUGGUCGCUUUUAAGCACAAGGGGGCUAUCCUGAAAA